CGCUUGGGGGUGUCCCGAGGCGGUGGGGGAGCUGCGCGGGAGCGACCGCCGAGCUGUGGGCCGGGCUCCAGUGCGGGUGCAGAGGUGCUUUUGGCCCGGCUGGGUGGGCUGAAGUGAGGUGGGUGACAGCCUUCCUCCAAGCCCUGGUCCGGAGCUUCAGCUCUGCCGUCCCUGUGCAGCUUUCUCCAGCAGACACCUUUGCGGAAACUCAGAAUGCCCUUUGCUUUCUCAUAUUUAGUUUUUGUGAAAGUCCUCGAUUGAAACUACAAUACUUAGUCUAAAACCUGCUGUAAUGGGUAGAACUUACUUUGUUGAGGAAGCUAUUGGGCAGUAUCUUUCAGACCUCAGCACAAAAUUAAAGCCUUAUGUCACUGGCCUGUUAAUAGGGCAGUGUUCCCCACAAAGAGACUACGUAAUUCAGGCUGUCCGAACGCCUCCAAAGGAAGAGCAGAAGGAAGACAACAUCAGUCCUUCAAAACUGGCAUCCAUCGAUGAAGAAUGGAUAACUACGCAUGCCAGUCAGGUUUCUAGAAUGCUCCCUGGAGGCUUAUUAGUUCUAGGUGUAUUUAUUAUUGCAACUCCAGAACUGUCAAAAGAUUGUCAAAAUGCUUUGCGCAAGCUAAUCUUCUCAGUGGAGAAGUCCUUGACUAAAAGAAGGCUCUGGAAACCUGCUGAGGAGGAGGUCUCAGAAAGAGCAGCUCUUCAAAUUUGUUCUGCUACAAGAAAAGUAGUUUGCCGAACCUAUGAUGUACAAGAUCCAAAGAGCUCACCUAAACCAGCAGAUUGGAAAUACCAGAGUGCUCUGUCUGCAUCCUGGUUGGCUUUGAACUGUACAGUAAAUGUUAAUAUUCACAUUCCACUUCUUGCUACUUCACCGAACCAUGACUUGGAGAAAAAUACCAAGAAUGGGUUAAAUCGAUGGUCAAAACAGAUAGAAGACAGCGUUUUUCUGAUCAAUGGACAAAUUAAAGAUGAUGAUACAGAACUACUGGAAGGGCAGAAAAAGUUAAGAGGAAAUACUCAGUCCAGCACUCAGUUUUCUGAUGUCAAGGUUCUGACACAGCUGUCCCAGGGUUCAAGUCAUAGAUCAACAGCUACAGUCCAGGUCUGCAGUGGUUCCAUAAAUCUCAAAGGUGCUGUGAAAUGCAGAGCCUAUGUACAUAACUACAAGCCAAAAGUUAAAGAAGCUAUUCAGGCUUUGAAAAGAGAUAUAAUAAACACAUUGAGUGAUCGCUGUGACAUACUAUUUGAAGAUCUCAUUAUAAAUGAAGGACCUCACAAAAAAAGUUUUGAGAGGGAGUAUUAUGUCUUACCUCAAAGAUUGUUUGUCCCUGUUGCUGGAUCCAGUGUGAUGCUCAGUGAUUAUAAGUUUGGUGAUGAGGCCACUGGAGAAAUUCAGGAACGUUUUGUUGAGAUGUUGGAUCAAUCUGUGCAAGCUGAAGAUAUCCAUAUAGCAGAGGAAAUUAACACAGUUGAUAUUUGUCCAGUUACUGACAACAUGGAUGACACACAACAGCAACAACUGACAAAAGCAACACUGCUGUUGAAACUUCAACAAAAUAUGGGUGUGGUAAUAGCAGCUGCUGUUGCAGUCUUUGCAUCGAUCUUCUCUUUCAAUUACUUCAGUGAUUAAACUCAAGCAACCGGAGCUUCAUGGAAGUAUUGGCCAGUUACAAGAUGGAAACAUCUGGGUUUAAUAUAUUAGUAAUUAAGAAUUGUUGCCUAAAUAUUGCCAGUUAGAUGUGCAAUAUGAAUUGUAAUGAUAGGUUCAGUUACCUUGUUCCAGCAUGCACUUACUAUAUAUCAAGUAGAAUCAUGCAGUUACAGUAUCAAGUAGAAGGUGAAUCAAGUUUACAAGAAACUAACCCUGUUGCUUUGUAUAAAUGAAUGAUAGUAUUAUUUUCUAGAAGAAUCCCUUAAGUAAAUGUAGAAUUUCUUCCUACUUGCUGUUUUAAUGCGAAAUGCUAUCACUGGUGUUUUUCAGGCUAUUGGUAAGACUAGCAUAGUUACCUGGUGUGACGAUUCUUCCUUUAAUGGUUCCUUUGCUGAGAGAACUCUUAUCUCAUUAAAGUUAAUUGGGGAAAAAUUAGAUUUAAUGAAGCCAGCAUUUCACCAUAUGCAUUGGUUUAGAUAAUAUUGGUUAACUAGCAUAAUAGGUAUACAAACAGUUUCUCGUAGUUUCAAGACUAGACCAAUUCAGCCUGUAAAUACCUUAGUUCAAGACCUGGAGAACUCAGAAGUCAGUAAAAUGCGUAGAACUUUUGAGAUGUGUAUACAGCACCUUUUACUCAGUGACUCUUAAGGAUUUCUCUGUCCAGCUCCAAUUCAAUCAUCAUUCUCUUGGAAUAUUAACUAUUUCAGCAACAGCUACAUCUAGGCAGCCCUUGUGGAUUAACUUGUAGAUAGAUGCAAGUUGUCAAAACUGCUAAUCAGGAUUUUUAGCCUAUAAACAGAUAGCUCUUGAUUAUGAGAUAUUCUCCUGGGUAUGUUAGGUGAUAACAUGAUUGUUUGCUUGCCAUGAGGAGAGCGGAAGGAGGGAAAAAUUCUGGUAAGGUUAGUAAAGAAUAAUUUGUGCAUGAAAUGUGAUGUUUACUUGGAUCUGAACUACAAUAGAAAAGAAUUCCAGAUUUUAGGGCAUUUUAAUACCACUGCAAAUUUCUUUUUUGUAUAAAGGCACUGGAACACUAAGAAAAAACAUAAACAUUUUGGUUGUAAAGCUUAAUCAAGGAUGUGCUGGGAUACUUUUAAUAAAAGGCAACUAUGAGAAAGGUGUCCUAAAUACUAUUGCCUCAUCUGGGUAUUCCAUUUUUACAUGUUUGGAGAAAGAGCUGCUUUUAGUAUAGUAACUAUUUUGGAACACAGUGUUGAUCUUUUGUGCUUAGUAUUGCUCAAGUAGGGCCUCUGAGAGGAAAGUGAAUGUUGUAAUGGAGGCACUGUUUUCAGCUGCUGCAUGUUUUAUACAUGCAUGUUAUUCUGUGCAAACAGGUGGAAUCAAUAGGCAAGAUGGCAUUAUGCAGAAGCAGUUGAUUCCAGGAGAGGUUGAGUGCUGUCCAGAAAAAGAUUAAUUUUGCAAUGUGCUUCAAAAUAUGGUUGGUUUAAAAAUUGCUCUGCUAAAGUCUAUUAGAAGGAGGAACGGGAGUAAUGAGAAGAAAGAAGUUUGUCUUUUGUCUCUUUUUGUCUCUCUUUUCUUUUUUUUUUUUUUCUUUUUUUUGGGGGUGUGGGAAGUAUGCUUUCAGAGGUAAAAUACAAAACGGUUAUUCUGUAGUUGCCUGUUACUUGAAACUCAGCCAUAGACGUGAAGAAUGUUUGAGAUGCUAAAUGUCUUACACCAGAGAAGAAAAUUGUCAUGAAACAGUCUUCCAAUAGUUCUUGUUUAGCACCUGUGGUCUAAAAAUUAGAGUUUGUUUGGAGGUGUUAUUCCCUAGCAAAGAACUGUUUUUCUUUCACCCCUGCAAGCUUAUUCAGUGUUUAGUAAAUGAACCUUUUCUUUAUGGCGUUUCUACAGGCAGUCAAAUUAAUCCUUCAGCUUAUAACUAACUAGGUAUCAAGGAUCUGUGGAAGUCUAAUUUUCCAAUUUGAGGUUGGAAGAAGGCAAAGAAGUUGCUUUGGAUGAGAUUUCUGCUUUAAUAUAGGAGACUGCAUUUAACUACCAUGUGCAAUAAGAAAAUAACCCUGUCAAAGAAAAAAAUUAGUAAUUUGACUUGUAUCUACAGAUUGAGCCUUCCAGUCAUCCUGCCAUGAGGAAAUAGUGCAUGUAGAAGAAAGCAGGUUCUCGCUUGCCUAAGAAUUACAGAACUAACCAAGAGGGGAUUUCAUUGUUGUUUUGCUUCCCAUCCUUUUUGUACUGUUAACCAUUGAUAACGUAAGAAAAUGAGUUCUUUAAGAAAAACAAAAAGGUGUGUUUAAGAAAAAAGGAAAGCAACCUUUUAGAAGUCUAUUUCUUGACUACUGCUUAACUUUUGCACAGGUUUCAUAUAGGUUUAUCCUUUUCCUGCUACCUAUGUAAUCUUCUGAAGCUUUCAGUUUGUGAAAACUCCAUCAUGACUGAAACUGAGCUUUGUUAACUUGUAUCCAUGACUGCAGAUAUAUUUUUAUUUUAAUAUGUAAGAGUCUAGAGGAACAGUUGGGACUUCCACAUCUGGAAAUCUGGCUCUUCCAAGUGUAGUUCUAAAAUUGAUGUUAUGGAAAUAACUUUACAGAAACCUUAUUCUCUGUGCUAUGUAGUUUUAAAAUGUGGUUUUAAAAAGCCUCAGUGGUGUUGUGAGGAAUUAUAAACCUUGUACAUCUGAGGGGUAGCAUUCAGCUUGCCGAUAACAGACAUACAUCUACUAAAACUUCUGUUCUUAGUCAGCAGUGACACCGCUGAUAAUUAGUUCCCCCCUCUCCAUUUUUAUCUGCAUCAGAACAUUUGAGGAUGCUCAGGGUCUCUGUGACUGAGUCAAAAGGAAGAGUAUCCGUAGCCGACGGUAGCAGGAAGACUGCUCCCAUAUGCCUAUUGAAGCAUUUACUUUUUGUUAUUCAGGAAUCUUCAUACAGUAUUAUGAUGUUUGAGUCAAGUCUUGCUUUUUCUUUUGAAGGGUUUUUUUUCUGCAGAAAUAUGGAUGACUGCUGUGAUCAGAGCUUUAUUUGCAACUUCAUUAGUCAUGAGCUUCUGUUGAGGCUUGGUAUCACGUGUGUUUUCUUUUUCUUUGUUUUUUUUUAAAUUACAGGUUGAAAGAAAUCCUGCUUAAGCAUGCUUAAUCUCUCUUUUAAAUUGGAGUGUCAGCUUAUUUCUUACAACUAGUUAUAAAUGUAGUUUGUGUGGUGGUUAUUGUUUGUUAGGGUUUUUUUGCUUUCAGCCUGGUUUCUCAAAGGAAUGAAGCUUAUGUGAUCAGGCUGCUGAUGUGCAGCCUAAUAAAUUUUGAAACAAGUUUGAUAAAGAAGGAAAGUUCUUAAGAAUGUUAAGUUCCCACCAGUUACGUGGAGAUUUUCUGGUGUGUAGAGGACAGAAAUUUUUCAUGCCUCUUCUUUAAAACAUAUCAUCAAAAAAUACAAGAUAA